AUGCCUGCUCGUGUUGCUCGCUCGAGCGUAUCAAUCGCCAAACCCAACAACGCUCGCAAAAAGUCUCAGAAGCGAACUCUUGACGCUUACUCGAUCGCCUCGCAUUCCGCUCCCGACACAUAUAAAGUCCGUCAGCAUCGUUUGGGCGAUUCUGUUGGUGAACCUCGCCAGAAGCGUAGAAGACUCGAAGAUGAUGACGAAGACGACAACGACGAGGAACACGCCAGCAACGCCCGACGACUGCAACAAAAGGCUGUGAACAAAAGAACUGGUACUGGCAAAAGAGGAGGCUUAGAUGAGGAAACAGACGAGGGAAGCGAUAGCGAAGGCAACGAAUGGCGCAUGGGUGGUCACAUUGGCGAAGAAAGCGACAGCGACCUCGACAGUGACGAAGCCUUUGGAGAGAGCGACGAAGAGCGUUUCGAAGGCUUUACAUUCAGAGGAAGCUCGACUAACGGUCUCUCGAAAAAGAAGAAGCGACCUCAACCCACCUCGGAAAUGGAUCUCGACGAAGGCGGCGACAGCGAUGAGGAGGACUCGGCUAGCGACUUUGGCGAUGAGGGUGUCGACCUAGCCACUAUGCUCGACGAGGACAACGAGGACGACCUCAUGCAGACCGAGGAGAAGCAUGGCGACGAUUCGUCCGAGGAAGAAGACUCUGACGACGAGGAUGAGGAGGAGGAAGAAUCUGAGGACGACGAGUCUGAAGAAGAUGAUGGAGAAGACGACGCUACCAAGCUGUCCAAGCUGCAGGAUCUGGUCGCCUCGCUGAACAAGGACAACCCAGAAAAGCGCAUUGGCGGACGUACACAGGACGCUCACGAGUCGCAAGAGCCCUCAGCAUAUGGUCUGUCCGCCUCGCAGAAGCUUAAGAUUUCUGAUCUGCUACCUACCGUCACCGAUCCUGCCCUUCGCAAAUCGCUCAAAAUUCUUACAUCCGAAAAAAUCACCAAGCGCGCAGGUAUCCCUGGAAAGCUUGACGCUCCGCUACCUAAGAGACAACAGGACAAAUUGGAUAGAGCUGCUGCUACUCAAGAGACAAAGAAGACCUUGGAGCGAUGGCGCGACACUGUCAUCCAAAACCGCAGAGCCGAAUUCUUGCAGUUCCCCCUGGCAGAUCCAAAUGCCAUUGAGGCUGUCGGUACUCAGAAGAUGCUUCCCAUCCAACAAGACAAGCCUGCCAACGAACUUGAAAGCGCCAUUCAGAACAUCCUUGAGGAGAGUGGUCUCAGCAACAAGAAAAAGCAGGGACAGGAGGAGGACCAACUUCAACAAUUUGAGGAGCUUCAAAUGAACAAAAUUCCCAUCGAGGAAGUCAUGGCCAGACGCGCCGAGCUUCGCAAGGCAAGAGAACUGCUCUUCAGGGAGGAAGUCAAGGCCAAGCGUGUCAAGAAGAUCAAGUCAAAGGCCUACCGUCGUGUGCAUCGUAAGGAGCGUGAGCGUGCCGAGGCCGCCGAGCGUGACUACCUUGCAGCUGAAGGCAUCGAGGACGAGGAUGAGAAGGAAAGACAGGACAGAAGACGUGCUGAGGAGAGAAUGGGCACCAAGCACAAGGACAGCAAGUGGUCAAAGGCCAUGAAGAAGUCAAACCGUUCCGUCUGGGACGAGGACGCUAGAGAGGGUCUUAUUGACAUGGCUAGACGCAACGAGGAGCUCAGGAGGAGAAUCGAGGGCAAAGAUGUGUACGAGCGUGAGAGCGACGACUCUGAUAUCAGCGUCAGUGAUGACGACGACGAGGAGCUCGACGAUGACGAACUCGAGAAAGCACGUCUGUCUAAGAAGAUUGACAAGCUUGGUGCCAAAGAUGGAGAAAAGUCCAAGAUUGGCAACAUGGCUUUCAUGCUCCGAGCUGAAGCUUCACGAAAGGCUCAGAACGAUGAAGAUAUCGAGCGUCUGCGCAAGGAGUUGGCUGACGAGGAUGGUGAGAGCGAACAAGAAGCGGAUACCACUGUUGGCCGUGCCAUUUUCGGACCCAAGCCCAAGCAAGGUUCCGCCAAUCCCUUCAAGGCUGUUCCUCGUGGCGAGCUCGAAGAGAACAAGACUCUGGAUGAGGAGGACAAUCAUGAAGAGGAAGCCGAAGCUGAGAUCAAGGUCGGCGAUCAAGCAGACACCAAGCCUGCUCCUCAGUCAAGGAAGCCGAGAUCAUUCCUCCAGAGUGCCCAGAAGGUCGUUGCCGAUGUUGACGAACUCAAAGAGCCAGAAGAGAACGCCUGGCUGACGGGCUCUUCCAAGAGCAAGAAGAAGAGCAAGAAGGCUGCUGAUGAGGAGAUGCUUGAUCUUUCCAAGGCCGCACCCACACCUGCAGUAGCAGCAAAACCUGCUGCCGCCGGAAAGAAGGCCCAGGCAAAGAAGCAAAAGACCAAGCCCGCAGCCAACGAGACCACAGCUCCCUCGACCGAAGGCUGGGCAACAGUCAAAUACGACAACGAUCAAGAAGAAGCCGAUGCCGAGGAGGACAACAGAGUAAAUCCUAUGCUCUCCUCCAAAGAUGAGCAAGCUCUCUUCCACCAACGUGCCUUUGCCGGUGACGACGUCGCUGUUGAGUUCGAAGCAGAGAAGGACGCUCAGAUCGAAGAUGAAGGCGACAAGGUUGAAUCCACUUUCCUCCCCGGUUGGGGCUCAUGGACUGGUACCGGUCUCUCCAAAGCGACGAGAAAGCAAAACAAACGCAUCGCUCACAAUCCUCUGCACAAGAAGGUCACCGAGGGUGUCAAGGCAGCAAAUCGUAAAGACGCCAAGCUCAACAAUGUCAUUAUCUCGGAAGCUCAGCAGAGGAAGGGCAAGAAGUAUUUGGCCAGUACACUGCCUCAUCAGUUCGAGAAGAGGGAGCAGUAUGAGAGGAGUCUGCGUGUUCCUGUUGGUCCCGAAUGGACGACCAAGGAGACUUUCCAACGCAACACCAGACCCAGAGUUGUUGUCAAACAAGGCAUCAUCGCGCCCAUGGAGAAGCCUUUGGUCUAG